GAAAAUAUAGGCAGUCGUGGUAUAGUUGUAGGUGGUCCUAUAUGUAUUUGGGUUUUGGGUAUGGAGCAUGGAGCAUGGAGCAUAGAGCAUAGUUAGGAAAAAAACGAAAUGGGGUGUGGUUCCUCGAAGGAUGUAGCAGUCCCUUACCGUCCGGCAGCGACGAGUUUGGCCGUGUUCGACAUCAACGCCAUCGAGGAGCCAUGGCUGAAGCAGGUCGUCCCCCAUGAGAAGGAGGAGAAACAGACUCUAGGCGAGCCAAUUCUGGACAAACUGAAGAUGCUGGACGAAACACAAGCUCCUAAACCCUGGGAGGAGGUGAGAAAAACACUAGAAGACCUCAAACCCCUCAUCACCAAAGAACCCCAAAAGAGUGAGUCCUUCGGCUUCCACACACUGGAAGAGUUAGAUGGGAAACUAAAGCCCAAUCCAGAAGCAAAAAAGGCCACACCCACAGUACUAGUGGAUCCUCUCCCUCGCCCUCGCCCUCGCGGGAAGAAGCUGCAGGAUAACAUAUUCAUAGUUCGGGACAGGCUGGAGAGGCAGAAGGAAGAGAAGGAAUCAAAAUGGAGGGACAGGGACCCUCUCAGCGCCUUCCCGGAGAACUCUCCCCCGGGGGGAGCCGACACGGUGGUCCUCUACACGACGUCGUUGGGGGGCGUCAGGAAGACCUUCGAGGAGUGCAACAGGGCGCGCGACGUGCUGGAGGCGCACAGGGUGGUCUUCGACGAGCGCGACGUCUCGCUCCACGGUGGCUUCCUGAGGGAGGUGAAGGAGCUGGUGGGGGAGGCGGUGGCGGUGGCGCUGCCGCGGGUGUUCGUGAAGGGGAGGUACGUGGGGGGCCUGGAAGAGCUGGUGGAGCUCAACGAGACGGGUCGCCUCCGGAGGAUUUUGAACGCCACACGUGUGGAGAGGGGGGUUGGGAGGCAAGCGUGCGGGGGCUGCGGUGGGGCCAGGUUUGUUCCUUGUUUGGAGUGUGGUGGCAGUUGUAAGGUUGCGGUGGAUGGGGUAAGGGCUCAUAAAGAGAGGUGUCCUAACUGCAAUGAGAAUGGCUUGGUGCACUGUCCUGCUUGCAUUUCUCUUCCACUUUAAUUCUCUCUCUCUCUCUCUCUCUCAUAUCAUACAUACAUAUUUCACCUCUACUCUCCAUUCCAUUUACAUGCUUAUGUCUCAUCCAUCCAAUCAAUACUACUCUCUUGCUAAUUAGUAUAAAUAUAUAAUCAUACACAUUACUUUUUUUCUUA